AGUCUUAAUGGUAAUAUUCAGCAGCUAUUUUGGCCGGGUUUUUCUUUUGUGGGUGAGCAGCUUGUGUAACUUUAUUGGAUUUUUAUGGUAUUUCAUUGCUUUUUAUUUUUGUCACUCACAUAGAUCAGUGCUUCUCAAACUUGGCAACUUUAAGAUGCGUGGACUUCAAUUCCCAGAAUUCCCCAGCAGCAUACUUAAGAAAUCUGAUCCUAGAGUAGGCCCCAUACCUGUCUCAGAAGCUGCAAAAAACAGAAAGAUAAGUUGGGUGUUGCUGGGCCUUGGAGCAGGCUAAGUCCUGCAAAUACUUGCUUGCUGGAUGGGAAGGGCUGCAGGGACCCCAAGGGGGCGGGAAACAGAGUACAGGAUGCCUCAGGGGAUGGGGUAGUCUUGGGAGGCCUGGGGCAGGUGACUCUGGGUCUAUGUAGGCUUCCCACCUGAGGCACCCUGUGCUUCAUUUAACUAGUCUCAUGUUCAUUUACCAGCUGCAUCAGGGAGAACAGGGGACAUGGUUGUUAAGGGAGGCUAUUUUGCUGAAUGGCUUUUAUGACAUGUGACCAUAAUGGGCAGGCUCCAGUAUAGUUGUAUCUCAAGGACUAUCUAUACUCAGUUUUUUUUCCAGAUAGAAGCACAAUUAAUAAACUAAUAUAUAUGCACAAUGCAGACUAAUGCAUCUUUAUUGAAAAAAAAUCAAUAAAUCAGUAAUCAUGCUUCAAUAAAGUGUCAGUCAAUACUACAGAAUGAGUGUGGGUAUGUAUCAAAAUUUACAGAUUUAUUAAAAAGUGACUUCAUUUUCAUUUGCCUUGGCCUAACAAACUCACUCUGUCUUAAAGUUCCAUGUUCCCAUUCUAGUUGAAUCUGAACAGUACUUCCUGGUUAACACCUUACUAAUGCUAUUUGCUAACUUCAUUUACUACAAACCUCAGGUGAUAAUGUUAGUAUUUAUACACUGCUUAAGUCCAAAUGGAAGCAAGAUGGUUUAUAGUUUAUGUAAUCAAGUAUAAGACUAAUAGUAUAAUAACAUAAUAAAAAUAUAAAGCAAUAUAACCAUAUAGUAGAACAGAGUUCAGCAUUAACAACUGUGGACUCAAAAGCCCUCUGGAUAAGCCAAGUUUUUACAACUUUCUAGGAAGCCAUGACAUUAUAUGUUUGUAAUUUACUCAUGUUAUUUUUAUUAGUAGCUUCCAGUCUUAAUGCUUCCUGAGAAAAUUAUAGCUACUACUGUAAUAUUGAUCUCAGUUCUCCUGUAAAUAUGCCAAGUAUUUAAAUGUUUAUUCUAAAUCUGGCCAAUAUUACAAAUCUAGAUUUAACUGAUAAAGCUAACUGAUUAAUCUAGAUUAAUCUAGGUUUUAGGACUGAUAAAGCUAGUCCAAAUUACUUUAUCCCCAAACUGGGAGUGCAGUGAGAUGCAAAGAUCUCUCUUUUGUACAUGUCUACAUGGAUCACAUUCACUGAAAAAUUCCUUGGAAUGGGACACAGCACAUCCCUCCAAUGUAUGUUGUAACAAAUGCUUCUAUGAAUACUUUCCUUCAGAGUACACAUGCGCAGGAUCAGCACACGUACUUUCAAAACCCAUGCUUGCUUGUGCAAGUCACUCUUCCCUCUAAAAACAACGUAAAAAGAAUUCCUACAUGGCUGGGAAGUGGAUAAGCAAGUACGAGCUGAAUUGUUCUCUUUUGGAUGUUCAAAUAUUGGCGUAUCUGAAUUUGGCUCAAAAGUAGCAUGUCCAAACUCCUCAGAAAUCAGUUUCAUCAUGAAAUAAAUUUCUGGUGAUUGAAUUGAAGUAUGUUUGAUUGGAAAGGACUUUGAAGUUCAUGUAGUUUAAUCCCCUGCCCCAUCCAGAAAUCUGCUACUGCAACAGGCCCAACUGCAGCAGAUGGUCAUAUCACCUCUAGUUAAGCAUCUCUAGAGAAGGAGAUUCUCUCCCAUGAUUGUCUGUUCCAACUAUUGAAGACUGUAGGGCUGGAAUGGUUUUCCUGAUGCCCGGUCAAAAUGUACUUCAUUGUAAUUUAAACUCAUUGUUUCCUGGCCUGUGGAACAGCUGUGAACAAUUCUUCUCUGACCUCUACCUGACAAUCCAUCAGAUGUUGCUAGGUAAUUCUAAUGACUCUCCCACAAUUGUCUCCUUUCCAGGCUAAACAAACGCAAGGUCUUUAAUCACUUUUUAUAAGUUCUUUCGACAUCCUCUAUCAUUGUUAUUUUACCAGAACUUGUUCCAGUUUAUCAAUAUUGUUCAGAACUGUAAGCAAUAUUUUAGAUGAGGUCUGGCCAAUUCAAAAGAGAUUCAUGUUGAUUUUUGAUUUUGAUACUAUACAUCUGUUAAUGCAGAUUAGGAUUGUAAUUGUCUUUGAGCUUUCUGCACACUGUUGGUUCCUUUUUGUGUGUGAUACUGCCUUAUAUGUUCUCCCCUCACUCCUUUUAUUUUUCUCACCAAAUGAAGAAUUUUGUAUUUGUCCUUGUUGAAUUUAAUAUUGCUGGUUUCUGCUUAUUGUUCCAGCCCAAUGUUCUUUAAGGUGUUUGCUGUCUCACCUGUUGAGAAGCUGCCAGCCAGGCAAGGAGGAGGGAUCAAGUAGAGAAUUAGCCUUGAGUUAUUGCGUAGCCACAAGAGACCUAGGGUUACCCCCAGUGGUGGGAUUCAAACAUGUGAACAACCGGUUCUCUGUGUGGAUGCUGCUUCCGGAAAUCCAUUCUGGGCCUGGGCAACAAAAAAUUAGCUAUUGGUUCUGCCGAAGUGGUGCGAACCAGCUGAAUCCCACCACUGGCUACCCCCACCCUAAAUUCCAUGGGACCUUACAUGUUUGUUCCCAAGAGAAGGCAAGCAAUCUGGGGAUAUUCCUGUAUUAUAGGCAGAACACAAUAAAGUAGCUACUUUGAACCCUACAGGUGUGGACCUGGUUGCUUGUGCCUGAUACCUCCGCACUUUUAUAAUCAGCAAAUAUGAUAUUUGAUUGAUUUUUAAUCAUUUUUAAUCAUCAUAUUUUCUAUCUGUUCUGCCAAGCUCUUUAGGACUAUGUUCAACAGCAAAAGGUCCAAAAUAAAUCUUUCUGCAGACAGUGGGAUAUAUUCCAUGAUACAUGCAUAGUGCUUGACCAGAUAUUGUUAUAUGUCAGUCAGAAUGCAUCAUCAUUAUUAAUGACCUUGCAUUUUACUUGAAAUGGACCAUGUCUCAAUUGCAUUGAUUGGAACUGGAGUACCAGUUGUAAAUGAUUUCCUGUUGCUUUUUUCUUGAUACGCUGCCACCUAAGUUGACUAUACUGUACAAUAGCCAUAUGCAAAAUUCUGAUGUCGAAGAUUGCCUGUUGAAUGGUUGUUUCAUGAUGCUCUUCAUGAAAUGUAUGCUUGUUUUUUUGCACUUUUUCUUGCAGGUGACACUUGAAGGAAUGAAAAAACAAAACUGGAGACUCUUAUCAAUUGUGCGUUGUCUUACAUUAAAACUGUAUGCACAGCAUUAUUUGCCAGAGUCACUACUGGCUGAAGAGUUAAUUUAAUCCAUGUUAGCAUAUAUACUGCCUUUAUGUUAGCAUGUCAAUGCAACUGCUUGCCUAUGUCCUCGAGUAGAAUUAUCCAUGUUGAUGUAGCUGAUGAUUCCAAUCACACUACAGGCACUUCUAUUCAUGAAACAUAGUCCCCUCUUUCUGACUUCUUUGGCAUCCACAAGUCUACUGAGGAACAGGCAACACUACAUGAAAGUCUGGGUCUUGCCUCCAAAAAAAAAAAAAAAAGCAGGCUGGAUUAGCUACAGAUCUUUGGAACUUCAUCAAGCAAGAAAAUAUUUAAUGAUAAAACAUGGGCUGGGUGAGUCACUUCAAAGUCUUAAAUUCUGAUGAAACCAUAAAAUAAUGAAUUCAGAUCUGUGAUACCCUACAUUUAUUACAGUAAAUGAGCAAAUUAAUAAAAAUGUAGAAGUAAUUAUAAUAUUUUCACUGAGGAAUCAAAAUUCAAGUUUCAAAGCCAAAUAUUGUCCUUCCAAUGUAAAUUCCAUGUAAACGUUAUAUUGAAAAAAUGCUAUUAGAUUUGAAAAAAAAAAUACAAAACAGGCAAGGAAUGAACUAUUGACAAUUCUUAAUUAGGAAUUCAGGAAAACAGUUGUUCUACAGUAGUCCUUGACUUACAACCACAAUUCAGCCCAAAAUUUCCAUUGCUAAGCAAGACAAUUAAAUGAAUCAUCCGGUUAUUAAGUGAAUUUGGCUUCUCCCAUUGACUUUGCUUAUGGAAGGUGGCUGGGAACACAAAUGGUGCUUACAUGACAGUUGCCAAGAAUCUGAAUUUUGAUCACAUGGCCAUAGGGAUGCUACAACCGGUGUGAAAAAUGGUCAUAAAUCACUUUUUUCAGUGCCAUUAUAACUGAAAGAAUGGUUAUAAGUCAAGGACUAUAUAAGGCUGAUCCUGUUCUUAGCAUGUAUAUAAUCCAGUUCAUUUUUUAUUGGUGAGUCUAAUAGUACUUGGUCACACACUAACUGAGGUAAACAGUUAUAGAAGUGUAGCACACUCACCAAUUCUCAGCAUAGUACUGGCAAGGCUUCGUUAAAUCACAGUCCUUUUCUACAUUGAUACAGACAGCAGCAGGCAAGGAUUGAUUAGUGUUGCCAAUCACUCUAAUGGGAAGCAUGUUGUGUGAAGGAUCCCUGGUACAAACAGCACUCCUUACUAGUACUGAGGUUACCUAGUUUGGGUAAUGAAAUGUCUGCAAGAAAACAGCAAGCUGAAAGCACCAAGGACUCAUGUCAAUCCUGAGCUACAAAUAUUCUUCUUUAUUAGUACGCAUGUUAUAUUGCCAAGAUUUAAUUGUGGUUUUUGUAACAGGCUUACAUUUGUCAAUUUCCAUUUUUCUUGCAAAAUGAAAUCUGUUCUUAGUUUAUGUUUCCCUCCAGACUUGUUAAUAAAAGCCUUGGGGGGGGGGAACUAAAUUUAACUCCCUAGUGGCGCAUGUUGUUGGUGGGCAUUCUGCAAUGUACUAAUCCUCUUUGAUUCAAAUAUAUUGUGGGAAUAGGAAGGAAUCGGUAGCACUUUUUGUAAAAUGACAAAUUUGAUUAAGAGGCAUAAGUUGCUAUUAGGUUAUUUCUGAUGUGGGGCUACUAUAGACUAAGCUCUAUUCCUACAAUGUUGGAAUAGGGUAUUUAUUCCAGUAAGAGCAGAGACUUUUACUGUUCUUUCCUGAAGAUUUCCCAUCAAAGGAAACAAACACUGCUAAUUCACAAUUUAACAUGUGAAGAAGAUUAAGCAAUCUAAUUUGACCUUGGCUUGCUUUAACAGAUUCCACCUCAAGCUUAAAUUGUUCCCAGGAGGGUUACUAAGCACCAUUAACUUUAAAAUAGAUUUCUUUCUUUUACUCUCUAAAGAAAAAUCCCGUUGUGUCAGUACUAGUAUGCAACAAAACAAUCCAUGUACACUAAAAUGGCACAUAAAUUGUAUGUUGACAUUUCAAAAAUAUACAAGCAUGGUUAGUUAAGGCUUUACUAAAUAAUGGCUUAAAAUCAAUAUAAACUACAAAGUAGUUUGUAAUUACAAAGUACUUUGUUAUACUUGUAUGCAAAUUAACUGCCCACAAAUACUCUUACCACUAAUAUUAUUUUGUCUUUUUUGUUUUUAAUGCUUUUCUUUGUAAUGCUGGUCUGCGACCGUAAUAAAAAUCGGUUGAAUAUAAAUUGCAAAAAUCAGAAUUUUUAAACCAAUCCACCGUUUCUCGUAUAGGUGUAUACAUGAAAAUACAUUAUUUUCCAUUUUUAACGUUUGCAUUCUAAUUAAAAAAGAAAUAGAGUGAAGCGAAGCAUGAUGGGAAACUCUUUGAAUUUUUUAGCAGUAACCGAUUGAUGAUUCCCGAAGCCACCAGUACUGACGUCGCACUUUCAUUGCACGCCGUGAGACGCAGGGAGAAGGGGGGAAAAGCAUCAGGUGAUCCCUAAAAAAAAACAACCCGUAAGUACCACUUUCUCAUUGCAUAGUAGCCUUUGCCUUCUUCCUCAGGCAUCAUGGGAAGUGUAAGCUGCGCCGUGGUUCGCGGCGUCAGAGACAGACGAGAACUACAUGUCCCAGGCAGACCCGAAGGAGGAGCAGCGUUGACGCAGGCGUGGUGGAGUGCGGACGGAAAAAGGGGGGCGUGGCCUCGCAGUCUGUCUCUCGCGCUCUGGCGGAGAGUGAGAGAGAGAGAGAGGGAAGAAGAGUGUCGCUGUGCGCGCGUCUUUCGGGGGCGGUCGCCAUUUAGCGCGGCCAGUUUCCCCUCACUCGGGAGAGGUGGCAGUGAGAGGCCCAUCCCCCACUCUCCUCACGAGUGGGAGGGAAGGACGGACGUGAAGAAGCUCCGGCGGCAGGCAGGCGGGCAGGGCAGGCGAGGCGCCCCUUCUGGGUGAUUUCUCCGCCUUUCCUCCCACUCCCUCAGGCCAGGCGCUCUCGGAGCGGAGGGUGGCCUUCUUCGGGCUGCGAACGAAACCCACGAGGAGGGGCGGCGGCGGGCGUCCCGGCAUCGCGUGAGGGAACGAACGGAAGAGGGGAAGAGGUUCGGCGGCGAGGACGGGCCGGGGCGGAGCCUAAGCGAGAGGCUGAGCCGGACCUCAACGGAGGCAAGGAGCUGGGCGAGAAGGAACGCGCGCGGCCGCGACUGCCACGGGCCUGCCCUUACUGCGCACCCCACCCCGCUGGUCCGGGGCCUGCCGAAGGCUCCUUCCCGGCCUCCUUCCUCCUCCUCUGUCUCCCCCACCCCACCUUCGCUGCUGCUCCAUGUCGGCCCUGCUGUUCGGUUCCCCGCUGCAGCAGGAUGGAUGCGGACACUGACUGGGGAUCCACCCCGCCUCCGCCGGCCCAGCCCGCUCCACUACUCGCCUCGCCGUCUUCUUUGCUCCACGCCGCCCGGAGAUUCCGGGAGCCGCCUUUGCAGCAGCAGCAGCAGCAGCAGCAAGAACCGCCGCCGCUUCUGCCGCCUUCCGAGCAGCUCUUGGGCGCGCUCGCCGCCUCGCCUUGACUGCCCUCGCGUCAGCUGCUGCAGCGGCAACUGCUGCGCGCCCUCCUGCGCCUCCCCUUCGACAUCAUGUCAGCUGGCGCUCCGGAGAGCGGUGCUGCGGCGGCGGCGGCUCCUCGCUUCCUCGCCCCGCCGCCUCCCCCGCCCAAGAACGGCUCGAGUUCCGACAGCUCCGUCGGCGAGAAGCUGGGGGUGGCCGCUGCGGGGACGCCGUCCGCCCCGGGCGACCCAGAGGGGUCGGAAGGUGCUAAUUGCCGUAGCGAGGAGUACCGCCGUCGCCGGCAUACCAUGGACAAGGACAGCCGCGGUGCGGCGGCGGCCACGGAGCACCGCUUUUUCCGCCGGAGCGUCAUUUGCGAUUCGAAUGCGACCGCUCUGGACCUUCCGCGGCUGCAGCCGGCGGCGCCUCCCCCGGCUGCUGCUGCUCGAGGGAGCAUCCCGCCCGUGUUGGGCUCUCCUCCCGAGUCUGUCAUCCAGGCAGCCGGCGCGUCUGUCACCUCCAGCCAGGCGCCCGCGUUGCUUCUACAGCAGCCCGCAUCUCUGCCUCCAGCCGCAGAAGUGCCGUCUGGUCCAGAGCCCUCGGUAGCGAAGGAGGUUGCCCCCUUAUUAGCCAAGGAGGAAGGGAUAGAAGCCACUCCACUGCCCCCUACCAGUACGGCAGGAAGCGUUACCGCUUCGGCCCGGGAUCUGCAGGAAGAGCGGAGUAAGCGACAAGAAGAUAUUGAAGAGCUGGAGACCAAAGCUGUGGCUUUCUCCCCAGAUGGUCGUUUUUUGAAGUUUGACAUGGAGAUUGGCCGAGGCUCCUUCAAGACUGUCUACAAGGGACUUGACACUGAGACCACAGUGGAGGUUGCUUGGUGUGAGCUGCAGGAUCGGAAGCUGUCCAAAUCAGAAAGGCAACGGUUUAAGGAGGAAGCUGAAAUGCUGAAAGGGCUCCAGCAUCCUAAUAUUGUUAGAUUCUAUGAUUCCUGGGAAUCUACAGUCAAGGGAAAGAAAUGUAUUGUUCUCGUUACGGAACUUAUGACAUCUGGCACAUUGAAAACAUAUUUAAAAAGAUUUAAAGUGAUGAAAAUUAAAGUGCUACGAAGCUGGUGCCGGCAAAUACUCAAGGGUUUACAGUUCUUGCACACACGCACUCCUCCCAUUAUCCAUCGUGAUUUGAAGUGUGAUAAUAUCUUUAUCACUGGCCCCACAGGAUCAGUCAAGAUAGGAGAUUUGGGCUUGGCAACUUUAAAACGAGCUUCUUUUGCCAAAAGUGUGAUAGGUACCCCAGAGUUCAUGGCACCCGAGAUGUAUGAGGAGAAAUACGAUGAGUCCGUUGAUGUAUAUGCUUUUGGGAUGUGUAUGCUUGAGAUGGCUACAUCUGAAUACCCUUAUUCUGAAUGUCAAAAUGCUGCGCAGAUCUACCGUCGAGUGACCAGUGGAGUCAAGCCAGCCAGCUUUGAUAAAGUAGCUAUUCCUGAAGUGAAGGAAAUAAUUGAGGGAUGCAUUCGUCAAAAUAAAGAUGAAAGAUACGCUAUCAAGGACCUUCUGAACCAUGCAUUCUUCCAGGAAGAAACUGGUGUGCGUGUAGAAUUAGCAGAAGAAGAUGAUGGAGAGAAAAUUGCUAUUAAGCUCUGGUUACGAAUUGAAGACAUUAAAAAGCUAAAAGGAAAAUACAAGGAUAAUGAAGCAAUAGAAUUUUCUUUUGACUUGGAAAGAGAUGUUCCAGAGGAUGUAGCACAAGAAAUGGUUGAAUCUGGAUAUGUCUGUGAAGGAGAUCACAAAACAAUGGCUAAAGCUAUAAAGGAUAGGGUGUCUUUGAUUAAGCGAAAGAGAGAGCAGCGUCAGUUGGUGAGGGAAGAACAGGAGAAAAGGAAACAACAAGAAGUCAAUCAGAAGCAGCAGACAGAACAGAAAACACAAGCAGGGUCUGCCCAGCAAGGCACAAAACAGGCUGUGCCUACUACAAGUGUCACUGCUGUUCCCACCACUUCAACUUCUGUUUCUACCCAAGUAGAACCUGAGGAACCCGAGGCAGAUCAGCAUCAACAGGUUCAGUUCCAGCAACCCAGCAUUUCCGUAUUAUCUGAUGGCACAAUUGAUAGUGGCCAGGGUUCAUCUCUCUUUAGUGAAUCAUGUGUGAGUAGCCAACAGACGGUUUCCUUCCAGCAUGAACAGUCUCUUCCAACACUUCCAGCCUCAGGAUAUUCAGUUCCUGUUGGUCAGCCACAGUCACAACAGCCUGGAGGAUACCAGACCUCUACGGUGCCUCAACCUGGCUGUAGCAUGUCAGUUUGUGCUUCCACUCUUUCCCCCUUCCUUCCCUCUCCAGUCCCUCCCAGUGCUCCUUCCACCCUGCCAUUAGCAUUGUCUGCACCUUUUUCUUCUUCCUAUCUUCGGACUACCCCGCAGGAAACUUUUGGUGAAAAGCUUUCCAAAGCCCUGGAGAGUGUCCUGCCCAUGCAUAUCACCUCUCCACGCAACCAACGGCGCUCCAGCCUGCCUUCCCUCUUUGUCAGCCCUCCUCAGUCCAUGAUGCAUCCAUAUGGGGGAAUCCCAGCAUUCCUAGAUUCCCAAGUAAUUUUUUCUACUGUUCGUGAACAGCCAGGCUCUUUCUCACCACCCCCCAUCUGCCCGUCAGGGGUGUCCAUUUCUCAACGGCGCAAAAGUACUUCUAUCCUUGAAGCCCAAACUUGCCAUUUCCAGCCUUUGUUGAAGACCAGCCAAAAUGUAUUUUUCCCUGGUGGUAGUCCAACAAUUUGGACACCAGAGACAUUAGCGACAAUGAGCACAACUGCUCAUACGUCCACAAGAGAACACAUUCAGGCUAACACUGUGUUGAAGUCGACUCAAAAAUUGAACAAUUACAGACCUGGACAAGCAACUUCGGAGGAUGCUACAAACAUGUUGACCCAAGAAGCACUAUAUUUAGUGGGCAUGCACUAUCAGUCUCAAUUACCCGAACACUAUGAGACAGUAUCCUAUAAUGCUCAAGGAACUGAGCAAAACUCGCUGCAGGCUCCUGAACCGAGAAAUGUACAAGGUGGCCCUCUUCAGAAUUCUGCUUUUGAAUAUCAAACGGGACAGACCUUUUUGGCAAGACAAAUUCAAAAUUUGAGAUUGGAUUCUGGAAUGAAUCCAUUAUUGCCAGUGUCCAGCAUAUCAGCCCCAUUGAGUGGAGACGCCAUACAGAUGAAUUUUCAUCCAGUCUUUGUUCCACAUUCUGCACCUGCUAUACUCUCUCACAGUGGGGAGGGUCAAACAAGUGUGUUUGAGUUCCAUGUUCAAACUCCCAGUGUAACUGCAGGAGAAAGUACAGCCUUGUCUCAGUGUGUUUAUAGAAAUCGUCACACAGAUUUUAACCAGGAGGAGUCUACUCAAAGAACUUUACAGUCUGUUCGUCUUCAGCCUGUAAAAGAGGAACAGAGUAAUUAUAUGAGUUCUGAGUUCAUGAUGAGUAGAGGCAGUUCUGUUCUCCAGAGCUGGCUGGAAGGUAGCCCAGGGUAUUCCAGUGACUCAUCACAGCUGACUUCUUCCGAUACUGGUGAUUUUCUGUCGCCUCCUCUGAGUGGGACAUCUGUAUCAUAUGCUACAGAUUUAUCUUUUUCUGCUUCCCAAAUGACUCAGAAGGUAUUGCCAGAUUCACAGAUCUUCAUCCACUUUCCACAGGGAACUUCAUCUGAACAAGCACUCUCUGCAUUGGUUUCAACAAGAUCUUCUGCGCUCUAUCCUCAGAUGCAAGGGCAGCCAUCUUCAAAUGAAUCAUCAGUGAACACAUCACAACUUUUGCAGCAAAACCAACUGACUACCCAACAGCCAACCACCUCUCAACAGACUGGGCAGUACCAAGUUCCACAGCCAUCAGCUUCCACUGGAGCUGCUCCAUUGCAGCCAGUAACACAACAAGCACAAGUAAUGCCUAUGCCUCAGGUACCUGCUGGGACACAGCUUCCUGUUUCCCAAACAGUGCCGAUCAUCCAGGGUGAAUUACCUAUUGGAGCACCUUCCCUUGCUCAGUCUUCAGCUGCCCCAGUCAUGUCUCAUUUCCUCCCAGUGGGACAGGCCAUACAACCACCACUUCUUCCACAGUUCUCGGCCUCUCAGAUGCCCAUAUCAGCACCUCAUGUGUCUGUGGCUCAACCGUGCUUCCCAUCUCUAUCCAUUUCUAUGGCAGCUGGCAUUAACCAGCCACUGCUUACUCUGGCUACAUCUGCUGCAGCAACUGCUAUUCCUGUGGGCUCAACUGUUGUCCCUAGCCAGCUUCCAACUCUCUUGCAGCCUGUGGCUCAGCUGUCCAGCCAGGUGCUCCCACAACUUCUUCAGCCAGGUGUUCAAUCCAUGGGAUUACCUCCUACUCUGGGACAAACUGCUGAAGUUCCACUUCCAGCUACAGAUGCUCUAUACCAGGGCUUCCCACCUCGGCUACCAGCACAGUACAUUGGAGACUCAAAUAUUGCUUCUUCUUCUGUGGCUUCUGCUUGCCUUCCUUCUGCAGUAUUGUCCCCUCCUUUACCCACAGAAGCAUUGGCUCAGCCAAGCUAUCUUGCUGCAGUAGGGCAGCCUUACAUGGAACAGAAUGUUUUAGUUUCUUUGAGCAGUCUAGGAGGACAGGUUCAAGUGCCCCAGUCUGCUUCCACACAGCAGACAGCAUUAGAGGGUACAACUCCUGGAAUCACGCAAAUUGCACCUCCAGAGCCUCAGCCUUCAAUACAGCAGCAACCUUCACAAUCAACUCCAUUAGUUUCUUCAAUAGACAGUGCUCAUUCAGAUGUUGCCUCCGGCUUAAGUGAUUGCAAUGAAAGUGUUUCAGCCUCUAGUGGUAGACAUGAAGGGAGGACUACAAAGCGGCAUUAUCGUAAAUCAGUACGCAGCCGUUCUCGACAUGAGAAAACUACACGUCCCAAACUGAGAAUUCUUAAUGUUUCAAAUAAAGGUGAUCGAGUUGUGGAAUGUCAGCUAGAAACACACAACAGAAAAAUGGUUACUUUCAAAUUUGAUUUGGAUGGUGACAAUCCAGAGGAAAUCGCUUCUAUAAUGGUGCAAAAUGAAUUCAUAUUAGCAAUAGAGAGAGAUUCAUUUGUUGAGCAGGUUCGAGAUAUUAUAGAAAAGGCAGAUGAGAUGCUCAAUGAAGAUCCCAGUAUGGAGGCAGAAGGCGAUCAAAGUAUGGAUGGUAUUCAGAACCAGAAAUUGGAUGGAGACUUCAAACAACCAGAUCCUGUUUCUUCCAUGCCGCAAAGAGUAGGUGUACCUCCUAAUUCAUUUACUCAGGUAGUCCAUUCUGCUGGAAGAAGAUUUAUUGUCAGUCCUGUACCAGAAAGUAGAUUGCGAGAACAGAAAUUUUUCACUUCCAUUCCAUCAGAAUAUGAGCUUUUUGAUUCAGUUGCUGCUUCCACAUCUCAUGGUCCUGGGAUGAAUCUUUCACAUUCUGCAUCAUCACUCAGUCUGCAGCAAGCUUUCUCAGAUCUCAAGCAUAUGCAACACACUGAAGGACCUAGCACAGCUCCCCCAGUUUUCCACCAAGCUAUGCCUCCUUUUCCUACUGUAGCUUCAGGUGUCAAUGGGCUGCCAUCUACAGGUGUAACUGCUUCUUCUGCAUCACUUCCUCCCUCCACUAGUAUUUCUUUAUCAGCAAUUCAGUCCACACAAAAGGCAACCAUAGGGAUUCCAGCAAGUGAAGAAUUGUCAGUCCCAAGCUCUCCACCACCAGUGUUGCCUGGGUCACAAUUAAACAGUGGAGUAGCUUUGAGUGUCAGCACACCUUCAUUUUCGUCAACAACUGUAGUCCAGGCAGCUUCUGCUACUGGAGAAAUUGUUACUAGUAUUAGCACACCUGCUUCUCUGACGUUGCCACAAGCUGGAACAACAGGGCCUAGUGUUACAGUAUCAGGUGUUAUGGCGCCAUCAGUGCCACCCCAGCAAGUUGGUAGUGCUGUUUCAACAACUUCUCAAACAAUUCCUGUGUCUAUGGCACAGAGCAUUGUUUCACAGUCUUCUCAGUUGAACACCAGCACGUCUGUUCCCAGCCUAGCAAAAAUGGUAGUGAUUAGUGUGCUGCAGCCAAGAUCAGAAAGCGAACAGGCAUCAGAAAAUCCACAGCUGUGCCAUACAGGUGAAGUACCUGUGCAUGUUUCUGUACCAAUACUCUCUACAGGAGCCCCAUGUACGUCUAGCAGCAGCUCCCAGCAAUCUGUGGUACAGCCAUUACCCGUCCCACCUAUAGUUACCUCAUCUAGUUUUGCAACAUCGUUGGGUGCAGUCUCUACCCCAAUAUUACCCCAGGUCCCUUUGCCUGGUGGCGUACCACUGGCACAGCCAGUAGCUAAUAUACCUGUUGUCCAGCAGACUUUAAUACAUAGUCAGCCUCAACCAGCUCCAUUACCCAAUCAGCCUCAUGCUCAUUGUCUAGAAGGGGAUAUUGACACCCAGCCCAAAGCACCUGGCAUAGAUGACAUAAAAACCCUGGAGGAAAAACUACGAUCCCUCUUCAGUGAACAUGGUGGAAUUGGAACAGCUCACCCCUCUGUGUCCCUGGAAACAUCUUUAGCAAUGGAGACCACAGCCAUUCCUGGCUUGCCAAGUACGACUAUUGCACCCACAAAGCCUGUGGCGUCCAUUGCAAGUACCAGUAUGCCACCAGCAAGUUUGGUGCUUGGUCCAACAGGUCUUCCUGUCAUGACACCGGUUGUCACUCCAGGACAAGCAGGCACCCCAGUUAGUUCUGUCUCAGUGACGUGCUGUCCUGCAACAGCAACAACUAAACCAGGGACACCUCCUUCAAAACCACCUCUUAGCAGGGCAUCGGCAUUACCAGUAGGUUCUGAACUUCCAACUGGUGCUCUAUCCAGUGAGCAGCUGCCACCCUUUCCGGGACCUACACUAACUCAGUCCCAACAACCUCUGGAAGAUCUGGAUGCCCAGUUGAGAAGAACCCUGAGUCCAGAGAUGGUUACAACAACUGCAUGUUCUGUACCACCUGUGGCAACUUCAGCAGUUACUGGAAUGGUGUCUACAUCAGAACAACCCACAGAUUCUGGUUCUCAGGAUGCAGAGAGCUUUGCCACAAGUAGCACCUCAGGAGUUGCAGUUCUUAAGAUGGGUCGUUUUCAGGUGUCCGUGGCUGUGGAUGAUCAGAAAGGCAGUGAAAGUAAACCCAAGCACUUUGAAACAAGAGCCUCGGAAUCCUCAUCUUUGUCUAGCAGCAGUCCAGAAAGUACUCUCGUGAAGCAAAUCUUCAGUGGGACAGCAGAUAAUAUUCCUGCUACUUCAGUGGAUGCAGUGGAUGGUGGAGUCCCUCCCACCGUUCAUUUGCAGCCAACCAAGGUUGGACGUUUCCAGGUGACCACAACGACAGACAAAGUUGGUCGCUUUUCUGUGUCUAGAACUCAAGAUGAGGUAACCUGCGUAGAGAGAGAGAUUCCUGAAGUUGUCCCUUUGUCCGUGGACUCUGAGCAAGCUUCUUCUCCACUUACAACUCCUAAAUCGGAAUUUGCACAGAGAAGGCCAUCUCUGCAUCUGAAUGGACCGUCAUCUGACUUGGAAGCUGCUUUCCUGAGUGGUGCAGCUAAAGAGUUUGACGAUGGUUUGGGGAGUCCUGAUUCUCUUCAUCCACCUGUUUCCAAAAUCAGUCUUCCAGUCCAGAGUCUCAGCAACUCAUUCAACUCUUCCUACCUGAGCAGCGAUAAUGAGUCAGACAUAGAAGAUGAAGAUUUGAAGUGUGAGCUACGUCAACUGCGGGAAAAGCACCUUAAAGAGAUCCAGGAACUUCAGAGUCGUCAAAAACUGGAGAUUGAACUCCUUUACACAAAGUUGGGCAAAGUACCUCCACCAGUAAUCAUCCCUCCUGCUGCCCCUCUCUCAGGCAGGAGAAGAAGACCUACUAAAGGAAAAAGCAGCAGGUCCAGUCGCAGCAGUUCCCAGGGUAAUAAGAGCCCUCAGAUAUUGGGAAACCUGUCUGCUCAGAGUGCCCCUUCAGUUCUACCCCAGGAGCAGACCCUGCACCCUCCUGGCAGUGUCCCUGAAACAGGACAGAACCAUCUGUUGCAGCCACUGAAGCCAUCUCCUUCUAGUGAAAAUCUCUAUUCAGCUUUUACUAGUGAUGGUGCCAUUUCUGUUCCAAGCCUUUCUGCGCCAGGCCAAGGCUGUGUGAAGUUUAACUGUGCAUCUGAGCGGGUGACAUUCAAGCCUGGUGGCAGGAGGACCCGAUUUCUGAGGAAGAUGGUGAAAAAAGUCUGCCCUUGCAACCAGCUCUGUAGGACCAGCAGUGUAAACACUGUUGGGGGUACAGUAAACAGCCAGGCACCCCAGUCUCAGCCCCCUGCCUCUAGUCGGAAAGGAACUUUUACUGAUGAUCUGCACAAACUAGUGGACAACUGGGCUCGUGACGCUAUGAAUCUGUCUGGCAAGAAAGGAAGCAAAGGACACGGAAAUUAUGAGGGUCCAGGAAUGGCAAGGAAGUUCUCUGCACCAAGCCAACUCUGCAUCUCGAUGACAUCAUCUCUUGGUGCUACCCCUAUCUCUGCAGCAUCAGCUACCUCCCUAGGUCCCUUCACCAAGGCCAUGUGUCCCCCUCAGCCAUUUGGUUAUCCAACAGUGCCCUUUGUAGCCCCUUGGAGCGGGACAGGUGGUCCAGCACAGCAGCCUUUAAACCAGUUCCAGCCUGUAGGAACUGCCUCAUUACAAAACUUCAACAUCAGCAACUUACAGAAAUCUAUCAGCAACCCCCCUGGCUCUAAUCUGCGGACCACUUAGUGAUUCCCAGCCACAUUGCUGGGUAGACCUUUGGGCAGGAGUUGGGGCCUGAAUUAACUGCUAGGCUCUUGUUGCCCAAAAGGGAUGGAUUCCCCCCUCUAACCAUUGCUCUCUGCUCUCAGUAAGUAAAGCCCCCCAUUCGGAAGAUGGGGAGAAAUUGAUCAGGAUCCUCUAAGAUGGCACAUGCUUCCUCUAAUUCUUGUAUGUGGCAGAAUGUAUAAAGAUGGAAAUCACCAUGCAAGUCAGCAGCCUCUGACUGUAAAAUUCACAUGACUUAAGAGGCUGGAUCCUAUGGGUUGGGAAGAAAGUUGUUAGCCUUCGCAUGAAUCUUGAGUAUGCUGUUUGCCUUGCUCUGAAGAAUUAAGCCCAGGGGAAAAGCUGUCCAUUUUUUCACCAUCUUGUCUAUUCCUUCCUCCAAAGCAUCACAUCACAGUUCCUGAGCGAGUGAGCACACAGAUGGACAUGCAGAAUAGCCCAUGCUUUGAGAUAAGUCUUUCCUGCUUUCAGGAAAAGAUACUAACAGCUUUGACAGCAGCAUUAGAGCAAUUUAAAAUGUUUAGAAGAAAAAAAUAAUAAUUAAAAGUUCCCUGCGGACAUGUACUUACCAUCAGUUUUGAUGUGGAAACACUGUGAUAUAUAAAUGUUGUUGGACAACAGUAGUUUAAAAAAAAAAUGAGUGGAAUAUAGAGGGUUAAACAGUCAAAAAAGAAAAAAUGGGGAAAAAGCUAGCUAUAUCCUGAUACUUAUUGGAGACACUUUAACUUUUUUCCUUUUUAUUUUCAUUGUAUUAGAUAAAUGUGAAUGUAUAAUUGUAUAAAUUAAUGUACUUGAAUACUUGUCUGUUCUCCCAGUAUGCUUGCUGGAUAUUUUAGUGCCUUCGACUUUUUAUUGCUUCUGCAGUUAGCAUCACCUGCCUAGCAGACUUUAGACAGAUGGAGGGAAAGGAGAGAGGGAGGUUAUUUUGGACGUAGCCACUGAAAUACCAAAGGCCUAAAACAUUGGACGUUUAUACUGUAACAGUGUCUAGAGUAGGUGUUGGAGGGAAGCUACUGCAGCUGUACGUUGAAAAGGUAAAGCUAUGGAGCGAUGGGGAAAACCAGCGAUGGAUAUUGGUGGAGGGUACAGAAAUGAUGACAUGUAACCAGAGUAAAGCUGGGCUGAAUGUGAACAGAGAGAGAGAGAGAGAGAAGGAGGGAGAAAGGCUUGUCUGAAAGGACAGCUUCUGACUGAAAGCUACAAAGGGUUUUAGGAGGGGCAAUAUGUGUUCAGAAACUGGAGUUUAUCACUCUGGGGAGUGUGAAAGUCUCCUGGGAUUUGCUCUUCAUUGUCUUUAAUUCUACCUAGAAAGGGCAGAAAUAGAUAUUCCAUGUUGCGGGUUUCAUUGCCAAGGAUAGAUAACACUUGAAACACUCAAAAUCAAAAAUAACUUGUUUUUGUUAAAUGUCUAAAGGACUCAAAACUGGUACCAAGACUGUAACUGUGUUGCCUUCUAGUAGGUGUUCUAUAUCUCCUACUUUCUGCUCAAACUUGGUUUCUAACUCAACAUACAGGUUCUCUAUUCAAAUGAAAUAACUGCAACCAACUAGUAUUACUCUGUAUUGCUGCAGCAGGCUGUGAAGGGUCAAAGUACUUCUAUUUUGUAUUUGGAAGUAGCUUUACUGCUGGUCUAAAAGUUUGUAUACUCAGUAAAAAAAAAAAAUGUCCCCCCCCCUUUCCCCAAAAAAGUUCCUUUAAGGUUAGCAGGGAAUUUGUUAUUUCUGUACUUGUUCACUCUACCCUCAAACAUAUGCACAGGUUUGUCUUUCCAUCCCUUUGUCUCCAGUGGAGGUUUAGAGUGGCUUUGUCAAGGAGGGAGGCCUCGGCAUGGUGGCUGAAAGGCAAAAGACGGGAGUCUAGGUAGCUGGGCUUCGACACCUUUUCAGACUUUAAAGUCCCCAUUUUGACGGGAUAUGGGGAAGCUGUGGCUUCCUACUGUUAAUGGAGAAGCUUUUACUUUCUAAGUUUGUGGCCAUUCUUCAAAGGAAAAUGAAUUGACGUGCAGGAAGUAUAAAGAAUCAGUGAUGAAAGGUGCCACUUCAUGGUUAGAAUGAUCAGCUGAGUGUUGCACGAGGAUGGUAUUUUUGGUUUAAUAUGUUUGAGGUUGGGUUUUUCACUUAGUUAUGCAAGUACUGGUUUUAUUUACCAUUGAUUUCCCUCCUGUGGAUUAAAUAACUGAGGUCUAGAAGAAUUAACUAAUGCUACUGAACUGUUAAAUUAUUUUGUGUUAAUAUUACACUUUGAGUACCUUUUUUUUCCCACAAGAUCUGUUUCUGAAUUACAGAUGUUUUCUUUACAUUAUUUAACAAUGUACACUGUAAAAAUAAAAUAAAAUGAAUUCAAACCUUGGGCUUCCCUGGCCGUAGUUAAUGGUAUGUUUUGCACUAAAUCCAGGCAUUGCGCUUCCUGUACAAUUGCGCUUUGUGCUGCAGUUUGUUACCUUCUUUGUAGAUAUUUAAUGAAAUCAUUCAAAUAAACCAAACCUGCUUUUGUUGAA